AUGGCUUUUCCAAAAACGUAUUGCUGUCGGGAAAGCUCCUGGCUGAAAAAAAGGGGGAGUAGUGCUAUGUUUUGGGGAAAAUGUUGGGACCUUUUUCCCAACAAUACAGCCACAGAUGGCAAACCUUUACUUUUCGCCCUGGAAGGGUUUCGAACUUUAAUGGGAAAAAGAAGGCCACUCAGGGGGGGAUACUUCAAAGUGGGACUCUUGGAUGGAUGGGUUGGUAAAUAUAAACGCUUUUUUCUUCUAUACUUGUAUCCAUCUCUGUUUUUGCUGGCAAUUCAGGCUUUGUGGAGCUGUUUCUUCCAUGCAUACGGACGCUGACAACCAGGAUUAUAACCACCGCUAUUGAUCCACAUCCUGCAGAUAACGGUCAGAGUUUCCUUUGUUGCUAUUGACGAUGCUGACCAAGGAUAUCUGAUGUAAAUAGCAUUUAAGCUUUUUGUCACGUCUCUUGUGAGACGUGAAGAGGGGGAAUGAAAAAACUUAUCUUCUGAUAAAGUUUUCCCUAUUUUUGCCAAUUGCAAGCAUUUAAGCUUUCUGUCACGUCUCUUGUGAGACGUGAAGAGGGGAAUGUAAAACUUUAUCCCUGAUAAAGUUUUCCCUAUUUUGCCAAUUGCAGCAUUUAAGCUUUUUUGGUCACGUCUCUUGUGAGACUUUGAAGGGGGGGAAAUGUAAAACUUUAUCUUCUGAUAAGUUUUCCCUAUUUUGCCAAUGCACUAUUAGCUUGUGUCACGUCUUAAGUUUUCCUUCUUUACUGUUACUUGGUCACGUCUCUGGGGAGACGUGAAGAGAGGGUUUUUGUCGUAGAAAUAUUUUAAUGUUAUAGCUUGGUCUGACUAAAUCUUGUGCAUAACCCAUCUUGUGUUGGGCCUUUGGAUUUAAUACAAUGCACAAAGACUUCUAUCUUGUCGGCCUUAUCAGCAGGUGGCUAUGGACAACACCCAUGCCAUAGGUCUCUCAGUUCUCCCAACUCACGAGUUAUUGCUCUGAGGACAUACACACACACACCCCCACACACACACACACAUACACACACCACACACACACACAUCAUCAUUGUUAAACAUACACACAUACCCCACACCACACAUACCACACAUACACCACCACACACAUACACACACCCUCACACACACCACACACAUACACACACGCACACACCACACACACUCAUCAUUGUUAAGCACACACACACAAAAACCCCCUUCUCUUAGGCUGAACAUCUGAAGACAGAGAACCCGACUCAGAGCCAAUGGAAAGGGGAAGUGCCCUCGACAAACUCAUCAGGACCAAUCAGAAAUCAGAACUACUAGAAUAAACCCUACUUUUUUUUAAAUUGUAUAAAUGUCAGCACAAAAUUUUUAGGGGCGCGCUCUCAGAUAUCUCCCUACGAGGUUGACGAACGGGUCCGUGCACGCUAUUUACAGAUAUCUUUAACCUUUUGAAUAAACUGCCUUAUAUAUACAAUCAUCCACCUUGUCCAAAAGUCUCUACUUGGUCUCCGUUCUCCAGUAAACUUGUGAUCAUCAACAUAGCCAUGCGGGUUUAAUUAUAGCUUGUUGUUGCCUGUUGAUGACACAUCUGUACUGGAAUUUAUCAGCUAACAAACACACCUGCUGCCAGUGAAGUCAGAAAAGGAUAACGAGAUUAACAAACAUUUUACUUCAAAAUUCUAAGCUGGGAAGUAUAAAAUUUGUAUUCAUCCAGCUAACCAGCUAGUUAAAUAUAAAAAAACAAUCUAAAAAAAAAAGACGCAAUGUAAAAUGUACAUGGUUUUGGGUGGGCAUGCUAAUCGCUUAGCAUGCACCCCAGCGUGGAUAUUUAUGUCGGUUAAAACAUGACAAAAUUAAUACAGUAUGUAUGUUUUAAACAUAUCAUGAUCAAUAUUGUCGUGCGGAAACAUUUUAGACUCAAUGGCCAACAAAUUUACAAAAAACGGCCGCCAUGUUUUCCCCAAAUAUUUUUUUGAACGGCAGACGAUCACAUGACCUAUUGGACGAUUCCUAAAUAUUAUUAUCUGUAGCUCAGUGGUAAGAGCACGGCGCUGUAAUGCCAAGGUAUGGGUUCGAUCCCCGGGACACCCAUACACAAAAAAUGUAUGCAACCAUGACUGUAAGUCGCUUUUGGAUAAAAGCGUCUGCUAAAUGGCAUAUUAUUACCCCCUAGGUGGCGCUUUCCGAUCACAGAUCCCAGAUUACAAAAAGUUGAUCAUUGUCGAUGAGAAAAAUGUUGCAGCAACCAUUGCUGGCAACAUUUCUCAGAAAUAUUGCCUAUGGAGCCCGGUGCUAAGCACAAUGUAGUGUUAAAUGCCUAUUGUUUACUUUGACACAAAUCAGCUACUUUGACCACAUUCACAAAAACUUAGAGGUUUACUUCUCUGCUAUUCAAAUCUAAAAACAAAACCAAAAUGAUCUUCUACCAACAAAAGUGAUAUCUGUUUUAAAAAACUGCUGUUUUUUCCAACCAAAUUAGACAUAAAACGUUAGCAUAAAUGAAAUCGGAGUCUAAUCUCUGCUGUUCAAACUGAAAUCAGAACAUAAAAUAUUUUCUACUGACCAUACGAAAUGUUCUAGUAACCGCAUCAACUACAUUUGAUCUCACCUUUAAAGGGAAUCUUAAAGCCCUUAUCUACGUCCCCAGAGUCAGAUGAUUCCAUUUUUAUGUCUCUGCCAGUAAAAAAAUACAAUACAAAUUUUCCAACAACAGAAAAAAAACUGCUUUUCAAAUAUAAAAUCAGAAAAAUUCUUCCACUACCACAACACAUUUUUUUUUUUUGUUGAAGCAAGUUUCCCACAAUUUUACUUCAUAUAAAAUUAUCAUGAGUUAUUAUUAAAGUAACUGGUUCCGCUGCAUUUGUUUUGGGUCAACAUUUCAGUCCAAUGUUUUAUUUUUAAAAAUUUUUUUUAGCUAGCCUGCCUAAGUAUGCUGGGAGAGCUUUCUGACUAAAUCAUUGUACUAGUUCUUCAAAGUAGAUAAGGCAAACUUUCACCAACUGUCUCUAUCUCUCUCUCUUGUUGUUGUGGUGUGUAAAUUUCUCUCCUGAGGUAUAUGUAGUCUGUGUGUAUGUCACGGUUUCGGCCGAGGCUGCUCCUCCUCCUUGUUCGGGCAGGCUUCGGCGGUCGUCGUCCCCGGAGUACUAGCUGCCACCGUUCGAGGUUUCAUGUUUGUUUGGUUUUGUCUGUUUGUACACCUGUCCCUUGUUAGUUUUUGAUUUUGUUUCCUAUUUAGUCAUCGUGUGUUGGGUCAGGUGUUAUGUGUGAUUGUUUUUUGUCAAGCUGUUGCGCUCUGUAUUUACUCUCGUGUUUUGUUGUUUUUCGAGAGUCCGCACUGUGUGCGCUAUCGUCGUUUUACGCACUGUGUUUAUUGUGCGUAAUUUGUAUUUUGCCUCCCGGUUGGGUUGGCUAUUCGCCUGUUUGGUGCUGCUUUCGUUGACUAAAGUCUGUUCACGAACGCCCGUGUUUUCCUGCGCUUGUUUCCACACCGCAUCUACACUCAGCUACUGACAGAAUCACACAUCAACCCAUGGAAUCAGCAGGAGCAACCGCGCCAACGGACAUCAUGGAGGACCGUCUUUGUGGCAGGAGGACAGGAUCAACCAGAUCGGUCACGCCCUGGAUCGGGUGAUGAACACUCUCCACCGAUGGGAAAGCACGGGGUACCCACGCCCCACCUACCGGACCAUCCCCAUCGGUCAGAUCCUCCUGUCCCCCUUCCGAACACAGCGGGAUUCGGCUCUCCUCCCAAGGGCGUACGACGGCUCCGCUGCCGGGUGUCAAGGUUCCUGCUGCAAGUGGAGCUCUACCUCGCCACCGUACACCCGGCGCCCUCGGGACACGAGAGCGUCUCCGCCCUCAUCUCCUGUCUCACCGGCAAGGCGUUGGAGUGGGCCAACGCCGAAUGGAGGAGAAUAGACGCCGCUACUAUUACCUAUGCGGAGUUCUCCCGCCGCUUCCGUGCCGUGUUUGACCAUCCACCAGAAGGAAGGCGGCGGGGGAGCGUCUUGUUCUACCUCCGACAGGGAUGAGGAGCGCACAGGAUUUUUGCUUUGGAGUUCCGGAAUCUAGCGGCAGAUGCAGGGUGGAAUGAGCGGGCCCUCAUAGACCACUUUCCGCUGCAGCCUCCGGGAGGACGUCCACAGAGAGUUGGCGUGCAGGGAUACCACGCUGUCGUUUGACCAACUGGUCGACAUGGCCAUUCGGCUGGACACCCCUGCUCGCCACCCGUGGACGUCCCGGGUGGGGGUUACCCAUUCCACCUUCCGGCACCUCCGAGCCGAGCCCUAUGGAGCUCGGAGGUGCUGGCGCUAGAGAACGGAGGAGUAGGAACCCGAGGGGGCCGUUCCCUGCACCAACUGUGGCCGUGGAGGGCACACCCGCGGCUAGGUGUUGGGGAAGGUCCCCCGGUGGAGGUGAGCGCAGGCCACGCAUUGGGGAGUCCUCCCAGGUGAGUAGGCGCCCUACUUACCCAGAGCUUUCUGUCGUUCACAUAACCUUGCCUGUUUGUUUCCCACAGGUUGCACCUCGUUCCCAGCAUAAGGCGCUAGUAGAUUCAGGCGCAGCUGGGAAUUUUGUAGAUCGCCAGUUCUGUGUAGAGUUAGGGAUUCCUCUCCUUCCCGUUGAUAAGCCUUUCCCUGUACAUGCCCUAGAUAGGCCGUCCGUUAGGAUCUGGGUUAAUUAGGGAGGUCACAGCGCCCCUUAGGAUGAAGACGCAGGGGGUCAUGAGGAGACGAUUCAGCUCUAUCUGAUUGACUCUCCUGCGUAUCCGGUGGUGCUGGGACUUCCCUGGUUGAUUACCCAUGAUCCUACUAUUUUGUGGCGAGAGAAAGCUCUUAAAGGGUGGUCUGUUCAGUGUGAGGGGGCUAUGUCUGGUGGUUUCCAUAGGGGCGACCUCGUGGAGAGUCCAAAUCAAAUGCCCGCACUGCAUAUUCCCCCCGAGUAUGAGGAUUUGACACUGGUGUUUAGUAAGACAAGGGCGGCGCAGCUGCCGCCUCAUAGACAGGGGGAUUGUGCGAUAGAUCUCCAGUUAGGAGCAGCACUCCCGCGGAGCCAUGUGUAUCCCUUGUCUCAAGAGGAGAGGAAGGCGAUGGAAACUUACAUCGCAGAGUCUCUGAGACAGGGAUACAUACGGGCCUCCACUUCACCCGCUUCCUCAAGCUUCUUUUUUGUGAAGAAAAAGAUGGAGGUUUGCGCCCGUGUAUUGAUUACCGCGGUCUCAUCAGAUUACGGUGAAGUACAGUUAUCCACUUCCUCUGAUUGCGACUAUGACGGAGUCAUUACACGGUGCUCAGUUCUUCACAAAAUUGGAUCUCAGGAGCGCAUAUAACUUGGUGCGCAUUAGAGAGGGCGAUGAAUGGAAGACAGCAUUUAGCACGACCUCCGGUCAUUACGAGUAUCUCGUCAUGCCAUAUGGGUUAAUGAAUGCUCCCUCAGUCUUCCAAUCCUUUGUAGAUGAGAUUUUCCGGGACAUGCAGGGGCAGGGAGUAGUCGUGUACAUAGACGAUUCUGGUGUACAGUUCUACCCGAGCUGAGCAUGUAGCCCUGGUGCGCCGAGUGUUGAGGAGACUGUUGGAGCAUGACCUAUAUGUCAAGGCAGAGAAAUGUCUGUUCUUUCAGAAGUCGUCUCCUUUUUGGGUUAUCAGUUGUCUGCGUCAGGGGUGAAGAUGGAGGUUGACCGGGUGUCAGCUGUGCGUAUUGGCAAACCCCAACCACUGUGAAAGAGGUGCAACAGUUCUUGGGUUUUGCUAAUUAUUACCGGAGGUUUAUCCGGGGUUUUGGACAGGUGGCAGCUCCCAUAACGUCUCUGUUGAAGGGGGGUCCGGUGCGCUUGCGGUGGUCAGCUGAGGCGGACAGGGCUUUUGGGAGACUGAAGGACCUGUUUACCUCGGCGCCGGUUUUGGGCGCAUCCGGAUCCCGCUUUACCAUCCAGGUAGAGUAGACGCUCUGAGGCCGGUAUUGGGGCCGUCCUCACACAACGGUCUGGCACACCACCUAAGCUCCGCCCCUGUGCCUUUAUUCUAAGAAGCUCAGUCCGCGGAGCGGAAUUAUGACGUAGGGACAGGAGCUGUUAGCCGUGGUACAGGCCCUAAGGGUGUGGAGGCAUUGGCUUGAGGGGGCUCACACCCUUUCCUCAUUUGACGGACCACCGUAACCUGGUACAUCCGGGCACUAGGAGACUGAAUCCUCGCCAGCCCGCUGGACUAUGUUUCUCAGCCCGGUUUGUGUUUAAAAUCACUUACAUCCCUGGGUCCCAGAAGGGGAAGGCAGAUGCCCUGUCUCGGCGGUAUGACACGGAGGAGAGGUCCGUUGAGCCCACUCCCAUACUACCAAAGUCUUGUCUGGUGGCACCGGUGGUAUGGGAGGUCGAUGCAGAGAUCGAGCGGGCGUUACGCACCGACCCAAGUCCUCCCAGUGUCCAGGGGGACGGACGUUCGUUCCCGCUCGAGGUACGCGAUCGCCUCAUUUAUUGGGCUCAUACGUCCCCCUCCUCUGGACAUCCAGGUAUCGCCGGACAGUUCACUGCCUUAGCACUAAGUACUGGUGGCCACGUUAGCCAGGGAUGUGAGGGUUUAUGUCUCCUCCUGUUCGGUGUUGCACAGUGUAAGGCGCCCAGACAUUGCCCAGGGGUAAGCUACAACCCCUGCCCGUUCCACAACGACCCUGGUCCCACCUCUCGGUGGACUUUGUUACAGACCUUCCCCCCUCACAGGGGAAUACUACCAUCCUGGUCGUUGUUGGAUCGGUUCUCGAAGGCCUGUCUUCUCCUUCCCAUGCCGGGUCUCCCUACGGGCCCUACAGACCGCUGGCUCUGUUUACCCAUGUCUUCCGGGCAUUACGGGGUACCCGAGGAUAUAGGGGUCUGAUCGAGGCCCCCAGUUCACCUCCAGAGUGGGAGAGCCUUUAUGGAACGGUUGGGGGUUUCGGUGAGCCUUACCUCGGGUUACCACCUGGAGAGUAAUGGGCAGGUUGAACGUGCCCAACCAGGAUGUGGUAGGUUUCUGAGGUCUUAUUGCCAGGGCCGGCCGGAGGAGUGGGCGAGAUACAUUCCGUGGGCCGAGAUGGCGCAGAACUCUCUCCGCCACUCCUCCACUAAACAAACCCCCUUUCCAGUGUGUGUUAGGGUACCAGCCGGUUCUGGCACCUUGGCACGAGAGCCAGAUCGAGGCCCCUGCGGUGGAUGAGUGGGUGCGGCGCUCGAGGAGACAUGGAACGCUGCCCACGUCCAUCUACAGCGGGCCAUCCGUCGGCAUAAGACGAGCGUCGAUCUCCACCGCAGUGAGGGGCCUGUAUACGCACCUGGAGAUCGAGUCUGGCUCUCGACCAGAAACCUGCCCCUCCGCCUGCCCUGCCGGAAGCUGGGUCGCGGUUUGUGGGGCCAUUCAAAGUCCUGAGGAGGUUGAACGAGGUGUGUUACAGGUUAGAACUGCCUAUUGAUUACAGGAAUAUUAACCCCUCGUUCCAUGUGUCUCUCCUCAGGCCGGUGGUAGCUGGUCCACUCCAGGACUAUGAGAUAGAGGAGACCCCCUCCGCCCCCGUUGGACAUCGAGGGGGCUCCGGCGUACACUGUGAGGUCCAUCCUUGAUUCGAGACGCCGGAUGGGGGGUCUCCAAUAUCUCGUGGAGUGGGAGGGGUACGCCCGGAGGAGCGGUGCUGGGUGCCGAGGAGGGACAUAUUAGACCUGUCCCUGCUGACCGAGUUCCAUCGGGGUCAUCCUACGCGCCCUGCUCCGCGUCGUCCUGGUCGUCCCCGAGGCCGGGAUCGGCGCACGGCUGGAGCCGCGCGUCAAGGGGGGGUACUGUCACGGUUUCGGCCGAGGCUGCUCCUCCUCCUUGUUUAGGGGAGGCUUCGGCGGUCGUCGUCCCCGGAGUACUAGCUGCCACCGUUCGAGGUUUCAUGUUUGUUUGGUUUUGUCUGUUUGUACACCUGUCCCUUGUUAGUGUUUGAUUUUGUUUCCUAUUUAGUUAUCGUGUGUUGGGUCAGGUGUUAUGUGUGAUUGUUUUUUUGUCAAGCUGUUGCGCUCUGUAUUUACUCUCGUGUUUUGUUGUUUUUUCGAGAUUUCCGCACUGUGUGCGCUAUCGUCGUUUUACGCACUGUGUUUAUUGUGCGUAAUUUGUAUUUUGCCUCCCGUUGGGUUGGCUGUUCCCUGUUUGGUGCUGCUUUCGUUGACUAAAGCCCUGUUCACGAACGCCCGUGUUUCCUGCGCUUGAUUUCCACACCGCAUCUACACUCAGCUACUGACAGUGUAUCUAACCUAAAUUAGCAGGCGUAAAAGUUGUAUCCAUCUCUGUCCGAACCAGAAAGAACAGGGCGCAAUGGAUUAUGGUCGUUGUAGUUAAUUACCACUUUUUCUGCAUUGAACUAGGUUGAAUAUUUGUUUGCGUAAUGAAAAGCUACAACUCCCUUCAACUCAACGUCCCGCAUAGCUCUUGACUUGAUUUAUCUCGGGAAUUAUUUGAUUUCUCUCUCUAGGGAACGGCACGUUGGGAUCACAAAAAACGAAACUAAAUGGAAUUCAAGAAGUUGAACCGACGUCGUUCAAUUAGUUUUUAAAAUCAACAACAAAAAACAAAAUGUGGGUUAAUCGCUUAGCACUACAGAUUUGACACAUUACAUUGUGCAUGUUAAUUUAUACAGUAAUUUAUAUUUAGCCUGUCCUCACCUGGAUUUGAACUCACAAAACAUCUUGGUUCAUGGCAUUCCGAUCUUCCUCUUACUCCCAAUUGAACACUUUUGGGAGAUUUCUUGAGCGGCGCCUAUGACAAGCGUUUUCCACCACCAUCUACAAGACACCAAUUAUGGAAUUUCUCGUGUCACAUACAGUGAGGGAAAAAAGUAUUUGAUCCCCUGCUGAUUUUGUACGUGUGCCCACUGACAAAGACAUGAUCAGUCUAUAAUUUUAAUGUAGGUUUAUUUGAACAGUGAGAGACAGAAUAACAACAACAAAAAUUUCCCGAAAAACGCAUGUCAAAAAUGUUAUAAAUUGAUUUACCCGGUUUAGCUACGUAGCAUGACUAAAGACAGGACAGUACGGGAGCACAACGUUGUCUGGCUGGCUGCUACUGCCUGAGAUGAAUGAUGUCUUUAAGGAAUGAAAAAUAAUAAAGUCAUCAAAUAAAAUGUAAGUAAUAAACACAACUGAAAUAUUGUAUUAUUUCAUAGUCCCUUUCCUAUGUUUCCAUUGAUGUCUACCCAAUGUGGACCUGACAGAGACAAUUGGACAUUUUCAAUGUUCUGGCAAUUGAAUGUUCACUAUAUGGUCAGAUGAGACACAUGCAUUUUAAUGUAGCAUAAACACAACCCUCAUGAUGUUUUCAUCUGAUUGUCAAACAAUCACUUAACAAAGGCGCUCCUGUAGGCUACCCGCACACAUUCGUCCACUCACAAAAUAACGUCAGCAUCCAAACCCCAAAAGUGCACUGUGCACCCACAAAGUGAUGAAUGAAAAGAGACAUCAGUUACAAAACACCUACAUGUUGUUAUGACAUUCUGCUAUUGUCCUGUAGACCUACACUUGAAUUGAUGCGUCCGCGCCCUCGGUCUCGGCCACGCAUCUCUGCCUCUUGUCCAUGAGCAUCUCUCUGCCACUCAUCUCUGCCUCUUGUCCAAGAGCAUCUCGGCCACUCAUCUCUGCCUCUUGUCCAUGAGCAUCUCAUUGUUCUCCUCAAACCACAAUGAAAUUUGGAGUGUAUACCCCCGGGUUUCCAGUCAAUUCACUCAUGUUUCAUGCGGCUGACAUGCAGUAAUGUUAAAUAAUGGUGUAUAUGCCUUAGUUUAAUAGUUUAUUUGGGCAUGUUGUAUUUAAAUUUAUUAAUUAAAUUUUCCUAUAUGGCGUUUUACCUAUACAGCGUUUUACCCCCGCUAUGUAUUUUGGCGGACGCCGUACCGCCUUACUUUCACCCCUGGCUGUUACUGCCCUAUUAUCUAAUCAAGAUAUAUUAGUGUUUUAUUUUCCCACUUUGACAUUACAGAGUAUUUUGUUUAGAUCGUUGACAUUUAUUUUUAUUUUUUUACAAUUAAAACAAUUUGAAUCCCACUUUGUAACACAACUAAAUGUGGAAAAAGUAGAGGGCAGUGAAUACUUUCUGAAGGCACUGUAUGUGAUGUAGUACGUCAUUUUCGGGACCACUUUUGGCUUGUGAGUGCUACUUUCAGAACUACUGGCUUAAAGUACCAGAGAAUCUCUUUAAGACACUUUACUGUAUGUUGGUGUUUCUUUUAUUUUGGGAGUUACCUUUAGGUUUUGUUGUUUGUGGUAUAGUGUUUCUUUGGCUUAGCCAUGUUUAAAGAUGGAGUUUUGGUUUGUAUACUAAUUGGUGGAACAUUUGCUCAUCCUCACAUAAUUCCUCAUAGACAGUCUUCAUGGGCAGUUUCUUCACUAGGCUGUUCAGACUUUCCAAAGGCGGUAGAAGAGCAUGUCUGCUCACUGGAUCUCUUCUGAGUCUUGAGAGACCAGUGGUUCUGAAUCUCUGAGUCUUGAGAGACCAGUGGUUCUGAAUCUCUGAGUCUUGAGAGACCAGUGGUUCUGAAUCUCUGAGUCUUGCGAGACCAGUGGUUCUGAAUCUCUGAGUCUUGUGAGACCAUGGGUUUUGAAUCUCUGAGUCUUGCGAGACCAGUGGUUUUGAAUCUCUGAGUCUUGGAGACCAGUGGUUCUGAAUCUCUGAGUCUUGAGAACCAGUGGUUCUGAAUCUCUGAGUCUUGUGAGACCAGUGGUUCUGAAUCUCGAGUCUUGAGAGACCAGUGGUUCUGAGGUCACACCUGGGAAUCCUCAUGCUCUCUCUACUUAUUGGUAACUGUGUAUCCAAUCUCCAGUUCUUCCUUCAGUCACAAGCUCCGGAUCAGGUAAGGGUUCUCUCUCUCUCUUUCAGAAUGGAAUCCAGUCUCUCUUCCGCAGAUAGGUCUGCUCCUCUUUCCUUUCGUGAUCUGAUUCUCCCCGUGUGACACCUUGUACAGACACUCCGCUCAGAUGUUCCAUCCAUCCCAGUUGUGAUCUACAGACACAGCCUGCUCCUCCCAGAUAGUGAAUCUACGACACGUCCUGCUCCAUCCCAGAUGUGAACUACAGACACGUCCAUCCCGAUAGUGAAUCUACAGACACGUCCUGCUCCAUCCCAGAUAGUGAAUCUACGACACGUCCAUCCCAGAUA